AUGAAGCUCUUCUUCCUCCUCAGCGCGCUGAUUGCGUUUGUCUGCGCCGAUGCCAACUUCGCAGACUGGCACCCGCAAGGCGACGGCGAAGUGCGCUCGCCCUGCCCAGCGCUCAACUCCCUCGCCAACCACGGCAUCCUCCCACGAGACGGGCACAACCUCACUGUACCCAUCCUCGUCAAAGCCAUGGGCGAAGGCCUCAACGUCUCCCCCGAAGUUGCCACCUCCCUGUCCAACCUCGGCAUGACUCUGUCCAAAAACACAGCCAGCGGCGCUUUCAACCUCGACGACUUGAACAAGCACAACGCCAUUGAGCACGACGGCAGCCUCAGCAGGAAGGACAUUGACCUCGGCGGCAACGAGAAGUUAGAUGCCGAUACGUUCAAGCAGACGCUGGGCUUCUACAAGGGCGCGAGCAACAUUGGACUUGACGAAGUGGCUGCGGCCCGCUGGGGUCGUGUGCAGAACUCCAAGACGAGGAACUCCAAGGUCCAGUAUGGCGAUGCGCAGCGGUUUCCGUCGUACUUUGAGUCUUCGGCGUAUUAUCAGCUGUUCAAGGAUCCGAACUCGAGCAAGGCUAGGGUGGAUUGGAUCAAGGUCUUUUUCCAGGAGGAGCGCAUGCCAGUCAACGAGGGAUGGAAGCCCGUCAACCACAUCGAUGGCUUCUCGGUUGCUCAGGUGAUCUUGCAGUUGGUUAUGCGCACGCCAGAGAAGGUUACUGAUGCCACUUCGCCGUCUGAUAACUUCUGCAUUGCGGGCUUCUGUGGUCUUUCGCCGGGCGGCUUUUUCAAGUCUUUCCGGGCCUAG